AUAUGACUGUGGGAUACCGUCUGUAUUAACUGCAUUCUACUCCAACUCUUUCAACAUUCAAUUUCAAGGAAAAGAUGACAUAUUAAGUUUAAGCGUUUGAGAAGUAUUUCGACAUACAGCGUUAACACGUGCUUAUGUGGCUUUGUGAAGAAGUGAAAGACAACUUUGUAUUCCACCACAGCUCACCAGCUAUAAAUACUAGCCUGAACGUUAAGUGUGGAAAUCCAAACGUCUAAAAUUAGAACAGCCAAAACUCAAAUGCCGGAAUCCCAAAUGACAUUAUUAAUUAAAAAAAAAUUAACGUAUUCCAACCACUUUACAAAAGCGCAUCACAAGGUACGUGUUUACAAAAUUGCUAUAACAGAGGGACUUACAGUCAUGCAAGGGAUAUUAACUUGGACAUUCUUCCUAACCACUGUUCAAAUAGGCAAUUGGUACAGUGUUCAUGGAGUAAGCAUAACGAUCAAUGCCGGCAGAAACAUUACGUGCGGAGAAGACGUUAUUGUAGCCUGUCACAACGACGCCAAUGGCAUAGUCAUCCAGUUUGCCUACGAUAAUUAUGUCGAUUACAAAACAAUAGCAGAAUGCCAGUUUGAUGUUGAUCCCCAGCUUAUGGAUACAAGGUUUAAAGAAAGGUUCACUGUGUCUCAAUCAUGUAUACUAAGGUUAAGACAUUUUACUGAGCGCGACUGUGGAACAUAUAUGUGUGCAGUUAUGUUCAAUGAAACACAACGCGUUAGCGAGGAGGUUUCGUGCGCUAAUGGUUCUACAGGUCAUGUGCCAGCUUUGGAAACUGAUAAAGCGCUGGAAAGAACGGAAAUAAAGGAUUGUAAAAUAAUUAUAAUAAUUAUUGUCUCAGCACUAGCACUAGCUCUAACGUGUAGCGUCACGUUCAUUGUAUACAAAAUAUGCAAGAACACAGGCGUUAAUUCAGAAACAGGUACACCUGAUGAAAGUAUACCACUCGAGCAACAGGAGCCAACGACUCCAUGCGCAACGCCUAACAGGAAACCUCCUGAUAUACGAAGAACACCAUCUUGUAAUGUCCGACCUGGGAAUACAGACAAAAUAAAGAAGGCAUACGCCGACGGAUCGAUAUCCAAUUUUGAAAAUGAUUCGGGAGAAACUAACUGUUAAUAUUGUGUGUAGACUACUCAAAUAGUUCAUUGAAGAAUUUUGGCGUGCAUUUUUCGUUUAUGUAUAUGUAAGCUUUAUGUUAUGUAACUUCUACGUACACUACGCUGGUCACACAGCAAUACGUUAAAACGAACUAUCUGAUAUACAACUUCUUUCGAUUAACGUAAUGAUCGCUUUAAGAAAAAACGAAAUAACGCAUGCGCAGUUCAAAAUAAAAGACAUAAUUGGUUGUUUAGUAAAUUAUAAAUAGUUAACCAUGUUUUAAAUACAAAUAAUCAACGGAAUGACAUGUGGUGAUAAAUAAACACACAACAUGUUGGUUUUGAUAAGCUAUGCAUGCAUGUAGUAAUUGUUAUUACCUGUUAGUUAUUGUCAUAUAUGAUUUGUUAAUACAUUGUUUUGAACUAGUUGACUUUUAGUAUUAGAGGUAAUCAUAUAAUGCUGUAUUAUUUUGUAAAAAAAGAAACUUUACCUAGUGUACAAAGAAUAAAUCUUUUGUAUUGCUUCUUAAAUAUGGAAUUUCUAAUGAAAAUAUUUUAUUCUCAUAAAUUCAUUUCACGCUUAUGACUUUUGAAAUAAUCCGAUGCGUACUUACAUUAUUUUUCCACGACAUGGUAUUAACCUACACCCAUAGGAUACCAAAGGUGUUUAUAUUGUGUCCAUUUCCAUAUAUGUUCAUUUCCUUAUAUGUUUUCAUAUUGUAUUUUUUUUACUUUUAUAUUACUUUUAUAUUUUGAUUAAAAAUGUAUACUCACUUCCAGAAGUUCGAAUAUUCGACUAUUCGAAUACUUAAAUGACAAAAUAUUAUGAUACCAAUUUUGCUAUUGGUUGACAUUUCGAUUCAUUCGGUAGCUAAUGGUCGAAAGUGCAACUUGCUUUUAAAUGGCGUCAGGAGAAGAACAACACAGUAGUCUUUACUGUAUAGUACAGUUCGUAAUAUUAAAAGCUAUUUUUUAAUUAAUUCGAAAUAAAAUAUUUAAUAGAUAUCAAGAUAGUAUAUAUAUAUAUAUAGGUUCAUCCCAAAAGCAGGUGUAAAUCAUUAUACAAGGCUGCGAAUGCAUCAUUCUUCAACAUUGAGUUUGAGUUGGAUGUAGUCUUUAUUCUUCUUAUAAUUAGAUCUAUGAUACUGAAUAAAUAACAUAUGUUAACACACAUGUUGUAACAAUACAAAUAAA